CUCCUCCGGUGUUGAGCGGAGAGCCGCACUGUGUGAACUCCUUCGUCCAUAGGCCGAGGACCGUGUUGAACGGUGUCUAGACACGGCUCUGCCCUGAAACCUCGAGGCUGGGCGUGAGAAAGGUCCAACAUGUCUGAACUUUUUAUGGAAUGUGUCGAAGAGGAGCUGGAGCCGUGGCAGAAACCAGCUCCAGAAGUCCACUUGAUAGAUGAUGAUGAUGAUGAACCCAUCUUCGUUGGAGUGCUAUCUAAUAACCAAAGGGAUAGUAAGCCUAACGCUCCACCUUCUCAGAGGAACAGUGUAGGCAAACAGGAAGUAAAAAGUCCUGCUCCUCAGCCGGUUCUUGGACCUUCACCAAUAGUGCUGCCGUUGAGUAUGGCUGGAAAUGCAGUGAAUACAGCUGCACCCAAUCUGUCAACAGUGACUCCACAGCCAGUUAUUGUCAAUAACCAGGGCUUCAUCGUUGCUUCUCCACAGUUAACGAACAACAGUGAGAUCAUUGCCUCUCUUGGGACACAGUAUCCUCCGGGGACGUCUUUUACAAUUGUACCAGCUGGUCAGCAGCAACUUUUUCAGCGGGUCACUCCAGGCACAGUAUUACCUGGUGUCGUCCAUCGGCCUCAGGUGCAGCAAAUCAGCAACAACAUUGUGACGUUGUCUAACGUGCAGAGUCCUGCUGUGUAUUCAGCGAAAUCGAAUCAACUGCAGAACAACCGGUCCAACAUGCAAACUCUCCAGACCAUUACUUUGCCUGUGAAGGCCAGCAGCAAUAACAGAGAUCAAAUCUCACUGAAACGAGGAUUACCACCACAGCAAGUCGACACUGUAGUAAAGAAAGUCAAGUCGGAUUUGGGGCCGGUUAAUGUAGCAGUGGAAAAUGGGAUCAUAAAGAAAAAGUGCCCAAAAUGCCAAGAAGAAUUCCCUCAUCAGGAGGCCGUGAAAAGCCAUAUGAUGAGUUGCAGUGUAAAUGCAGUGGAAAGAACAGCUCCAUCAGCCCAAAGUAUUCAUUCAAAUAAGCGCAUCAUGCUGGUCUCAGAUUUCUACUACGGCCGGUUUGAGGGAGAUGGACCCAAAAAGGAGUCGCAGAGGUCCAACCACACUUUCAAGUGUCAGAGCUGUUUAAAAAUUCUCAAGAACAAUAUCAGGUUCAUGAACCAUAUGAAGCACCACCUGGAGCUUGAAAAGCAGAACAGUGAGAGCUGGGAGAGCCACACAACCUGCCAGCAUUGCUACCGACAGUACAUGACUCCAUUCCAGCUGCAGUGCCACAUUGAGAGCGCUCACAGUCCGAUCGAAUCCUCAACCAAUUGUAAGAUAUGUGAAUUGGCAUUUGAGUCGGAGCAAGUGCUGUUAGAACACAUGAAAGAUAACCACAAGCCCGGGGAAAUGCCCUACGUCUGCCAGGUGUGCAAUUAUAGGUCGUCCUUCUUCUCAGAUGUGGAGACGCAUUUCCGAAGUGCUCAUGAAAACACAAAAGUCAUGCUGUGUCCUUUCUGUCUCAAAGUUCUUAGAAGUAGUUACAUUUACAUGCAACACUACAUGAAACAUCAGAAAAAAGGGAUCCAUCGCUGUGGAAAAUGCAGGCUUAAUUUCCUCACAUACAAGGAGAAACUGGAACACAGGACUCAGGUCCACAAGACUUUCAGAAAACCUAAAGCUCUGGAGGGCCUUCCUCCGGGAACAAAGGUGACCAUUCGGGCCUCCUUCUCAGGAAAGAUGCCUAUGUUGCAGAGCUCCACUGACCGAUCCGGGUUCAUCAUCAAUCCAGAAACGCUAAGUUUCAAUCAGCAAACCAAAUCUUCAGUCAGCGUGUCUAAGUCUAAAUCAAACGUCUCUGCAGCGGGAAAAGCAAAGGCUGCUCAGAACAAGAAACAAGUCGGCCGUACUUCAAAGCACAACCUGUCACUGAAGAACAUCAGGGUGCAGGGAGGGAACUACACAUGCAUCGAGUGCAACACACAAGUCGACGACUUCUUUUCUCAUUUCCCAAUGGCUACAAAUUGUGGUGCCUGCAAAUAUCGGACAAGUUGCAAAGUUUCCAUAGGGAAUCAUAUGAUACGAUUCCACAGUGCCAUCACCAAACACAGAUUUUUGAAAAUGGAUAAUAAGAAAAUUUCAUCUGCAUUAAAAUACACGCUGGUCUGUCUCAACUGUGACCUCCUUGUGGAUGCAUCAGGUGGUGACCUGAUGACCAAACAUUUAACCGACAGACCAAAUCACAUGUGCAAAGUCAUUCAAGAUAAAGAUAUCAAAGCCAAAGAUCGAGUGCAGCUCAUCUUGGGACAGCCGGCGAAAGUCUUGUACAUCCUGACACCAGUACCUGCUCAGACACCAAAGGAAAUGGACCUGAAACCAGUUGAAAGUGUUCCUCUUGUCACUGUUGUGCAGCCAGACUCAGAGCCAACGUUACUGGCAGGUGAUCAAGAAAACAGUUCCACAGAAAUGAGAAAUGUCACCGAAGGCUCUUCUGAAGGGGAAGCGAGGCAGUCGUGUGUCUCCGGUUUAUUGUCUUCCUGUACAUCAGAUGCAGUUUUAGAUCUCUGUGAUGAGUCUGCAGGGAACUCAGAGAGCCUGAAUGUCAGUGAGCAGUGCCCUGUCUCACCAACUGAGAGCGGAGACCUUAAAUCAGAGUGAACGGUUUAAAUUGUUGACAUAAAGCUGGC